AUGCGGCGGCUCAAGGCCCAGUACACCCGGAUCGACCCCGACACGACGCAUCCCUACACCCUCGACGGCGUCUUCCCGAAGUACUUGGAGCUCACGGGCGUCCUCCUCGAGAGCCUCUUCUGCCCCAAGUUCAUCUACGGAGGCGGCAAGCGCAACGGGGUGCACCUGGCAACCGAGCUGGACGAAAUCGACGAAGACGAGGACUUGGAGCUGGAGGAGGUAGGCGACGACCUUCCCGAGGAAGGCGACCACGAAGCCGAGGACCAAGACGCCAGCGAGAUUGCCGAGGAGCCGGGCGAGGACGACAUCGCCAUGGAAGAGGCCACAACGGAGGAGGUCGUAGAAGCCUUUGCGGCGGGCUGGAAGGCAAAGGCCAAGACAGUAGAUGGCAGAAAGGCUCGCGGCUGGAGCCGGCCUGGUCCUAAGACUUCGUCACGUUCGCUGGCUGAAAAGAAAAAGGGGAGCACCUGCUCCUCGUGCGGCUUGCGAGGACACUGGCGAGGAGACCCUCAGUGCGCCAAUGUUCUGUCAGGAAAGGACCCGCCGCACAGGAAGCCAGAGUCGACGAGCACUCGGGAAGUGAACUUCACCAACUUCACGUUUGUGGCGGGCGCGGGCCAGGAGGAUGUUUUCCCUCCGCCUUUGCCUGUGUCUUCGGGCCCUGCGACGGCGGCACCUGGCUGGACCUCCUCGCCGACGUGCCCUUCAUGCUUUGCCGCGGUGACCAUGGACCAGAAGUUCUGCCGGGAGUGCGGGCACAAGCUUUCCCCAAAAAGGGAUUGGGAGUUUGUUUCGGUCAAGGAGGAAGCUCCAGAGCCUCGACCGAUGCGAGACGUGCGUUUGCCCAAGCAAGCCUUGACUGGAAGGGCCAAAGACUCCCAGCACACCGUCAAGAUGAAGCCUCUGGAGGCCAUGGCGGCCCUGGACAACUUGACGAAGGAGGACAAGAAGCAUCUGCGAAAGAUGUUGCAGAAGGAAGAGGACGAAGAGUGUGAACAACGACCUCUUUCCCGGGGCUAUCCUUCGGAGAUGGCUGGUCCAGCUAUGUCCUCGAGCCCACCGUGGGUGCCAGCAGCCACGGCAGUCAACGCGGCACUUCCUACUCCACCGGCUCCCUUGCAACCACCGAGUCGGAAGGACAGCCAGGGCCGGGAUAAGGUGGAUGGAGUCCGCAAGCGCGAGUUGAAUGAUUUUCGGCGCGCCCUUUGGCAAAGGGCCUGGAAUGGCACGAGAACAAGCCCAUCCUCGGCAGCACCCGUUCCCUCCGAGAAGCAGGCCCGAUGCCGCCACGAUUUUGAGCAGCUGGUCUGGGUGGCGAACCAGCACGGGCACUAUGCUAGGUGCAAGCAGUGUGACCUCAAGAACGUUCUCUACAAUUCCGAGCGGCACGGUGUCUUGACAGCGGGGGCCUCACCUGAAGCAAGUCCUUCGGCGCCUUUGUCGGCAACCUCUGGCCAGGUGAUCCUCGACAGCGGGUGCCGCACAGCCGUGGCUGGCACCAGAUGGCACCAAGCACUGCAGGCUGAGCUUCGAAGACGCCAGAUUUCCUGGCAAGAGAUUGAGGAGAAUGAGGUUUUUCAGUUCGGCGCCGGCGGCCCGGAGAUUUCACAGAAGGCCUUUAUCUACCCCGUGGGCAUCUAUGGCCGGGUGGAUUUGAUAAGGGUGUCUUCGGUGAGCGCGGCCGCCGAGAAUUGCCCGGGCCUGGUGGGACCUUCGGAGCUUUCGCGGUGGGGUGUUUGCUUUGACUUUGCUGCCAAGACCAUUGAGGUUUUCGGAGAAAAGCACCCUAUGCUUUUGUCUGCAACCCGGCACCCGGCAUUGGAUAUUCUCGACUUCCCGGCCGGCGACCCCUGGAACCAGCCUGGCCUUCAGGAUCGGCGGCGGCUUCUGGAAACGAGUCCCCAGAGCUUGGCAUUUAUGGUGCUUGGCCAGGAGCAGACUGAGGAUGCGGAAGCCAACCUCCCGAGCGAGGAAGAAGAUGCCAAGAGUGACCCGGGGCCCCAGUUCUUUGGUGACUUCGGAGAAAAGGAGCGGAAGCGUAAAGUGGCUCACUGGCUGGGCCUCCUGGAGAGCGACCUCGGCAUCAAGGUGAUUCGUGACCUCCCUGACGCCGAGAAUACCGGCUCCGAGGCGACCAUGGCCAGUUCCCGGACGGCCCUUUGUCCCGGAGGUGGUUCGGACGGAGACACAAUAAGUAGCCACGAGUUCGGUGUAGAAGCAGCCGCCGACGAGGACAGCGAAGCCACAGGCGAGGACGAGGAGCUGAUUCCCGAUGAUCAAGGGAAGCCGUGCUUUUUCCACAAGGCCCUUCGCCAGAAAAUGCGCAAGGUGACGGGCGAUAUGAAGGGCAUGCUCCCAGACCAUAGCCAGCACAAGCUUGUUGAGGAAAGCUCGGUGUUCUUCGAGAGCACCCCCUUAGCAGCCAAAAGGCGUGUUCGUCGCGCCGGGCCUUGGAGAGUUGUGGAAAUUCUGACGUUGACCAUGGCUGUGGGCAUGGCCGCGUGCAGUCGCGACUGGGAAGUGGGCGAACCUAUCAGCGCCGCUGGCUUUGACCUUUCUCUCCCCGCCGACCAGGUGAAGACCCACGAGUACCUGGAGAGAUUCGACCCGGACUUCGUGAUGAUCACCUGGCCUUCUCCCUGCUGGGAGGAUACCCCUCAGCCAACCGAGAGAGACGCACAAUUCUAUGAGCGGCAAGGACGUCAACGUGUGCAUCAGAGGCGCCUUCUGGGAUGGAUCCAGGAGACGGUCUUUCAACUUAGGCGGCGCGGUGUUGCUGUGAUCGGCGAGCACCCCUGGCAUUCAGCAGCCUGGCAGGAACCCAUCGUCGUGGAUACUUGGGCUGGCUUGGCAGCGGGCCGGGCCGAGAUGUGUGCCUAUGGUCUGCGGAGGCCAGACCAUGAGUGGGGCACCGGGCGUGGACUUCAUCUUCGCCGGCCUUUGCGUGUGGUGGGCACCAAGGAGAUUGUGGCAGGAGUGUGUCGCCUAUGCCAGUGGCGUUCUCUCGGUGAUUUCUCGAGCGGCUAUCCUGCAAACUUCGCCCAGGAGAUUGUGAAAAAGGCCGAGGCCUACCUCGAAAAGCCUUCCUGGAUACAGACCUGGACUUUGUCCACACAGUCCUCUUCGAUGACGGGGGGGGCAGAUUUUCCAGAUGAUGCUCUGGACCUAGAGAACCAGAAGCACGACAAUCCCGACACAGAAAACCACGACGAGGAGGGGAGUGUCGAUUUCCCAGAUGGUGUUCCAGACCUAGAGGACCAGAAGCACAACAAUCCCGGCACAGAAAGCCACGACGAGGAGGGGUCCCUUGUAGAUAUUGAUAUGUCCGGUCACAGUCCCUUGCUGGAGCGGGUCCAUAUGUUACACCGUCGCCUUGGUCACCUUUCCAACGAGGCCUUGGUGAGAAUGUUGCAGCAUGGUGGGGCCAAGGACGAAGUGCUCAAGUUGGCAGCAGACCUGGCCUGCCCUACUUGCCAAACGGCAAAAGCCCCUCACAGAUCUUUUCCAGCACGACCUGAAGUUCGAGCGGUUGUGUUCAACACGGUGAUCCAUGCAGACCUGAAGUACCUCAAGGAUUUUCGAGGCGAGGUCUAUGUGGCCCUCUCUGUGGUGGACGAGGCUACAAACUACCACUUGGCAAAGUUGCUAAGGAACCGGGAGCCGAGCCAUGUGGCGGCCAAGUUCAUGUCGAUGUGGAUUGGCCUGUUCGGGCCGCCUCAGAAAAUACGCCUGGACCAAGGAGGAGAAUGGGAAUCUGACUUUAUCCAGCUCUUGGAAGCCCACUCUAUUCACUCCGAGUUCGUUGGCUCCCACUCCCCCUGGUCCAAUGGCUAUGCAGAACGGCAUGGUGCACUGCUAGGUGUAGCCGUACAGGCAAAUGUCGACGAGAAGCAGCUCACCGGAAGGAGCCAGAUGAAGCUUGGGCUUUCUUGUGCGUGCCAGGCCAAGAAUAGUGUGAUCAGCCGAGGCGGCCACAGUGCACACUUUUUGGUUUUCGGGCGGCAGGCUGCAUACCCCGAACUGCUGGAUGAUGAGGUCUGGGCUCGGAAAAGUCUUGGCUUCGCCCUGAGCAUCGAGGGUGAGGUGGCCCGUGCCGCAGAACUACGUGCAGCUUCAAAGGUCGCCUUGCUGAGAGGAGACGUGCUUGAGAAAAUAAAGAGGGGCCUUCGCAGGGCUCCGGCCGGAGAGAGGCGCAACUACACCCCGGGCGAGAUCGUAUAUUUUUAUUCUCCUGCUGGCCUCAAGAGCAGGAGGUACAAGAAGGACCUGGGCUGUUGGAGGGGACCCGCUGUUGUCCUGAUGGCCGAAGGUGCCGACCGAUAUUUCAUCUCCUGGAGGGGGCGUUGCUUGUUGGUCUCAGGAGCUAACCUCAAGGGGGCCACCGUGGAGGAUGCCAACCGCCAGGACUUGCGAGAAGAGAGUGCGGAAAUGGAUCUCGCCAAGGGCUACGUUGACAUGACCCAAGAUGACCCUCCUCCUCUUGAGGCGGAAGCCCCUUUCUCGGUGGAAGGCCCAGACCUGGCGGCCAGGAGACGGCUCAAUGGAAGCGGAAGAAAGCUGACCGAGGCACGUCGGAUGAUGGCAGGCCUCAAGUCGGUGAAAAAGGAUCCUCAAAGGGCCUCUCGACCCCAAGCAGCGGCGGCGUCUACUGCCACAACGGAUCCCCUGGCCCUUCCUCCUGGUGCUCCUUCUGAAGAACGUGCAGAAGAGCCGGUGCCAGAGCAAAUUGUUGCUGACCCUGAGCAAGAAGAUUUGCGUGAUGGGCCCGCUUGGGAAGAAGCUCCUGUUCCGGCCGCUCCUUUGAGGGAACUUACUUUGGAGGAGGAGGCCUCGAACCGCAAUCCGCUAGACGACUUGCCUUACCAGUUUCGAAAGAGGGGUCGCGAGGAUGAGCCGGAGAACCACGAGGCCAAGCGUGUCCGGACCACCGACUUCGCAAACUAUGUGAUGGUGGCCCUGGCGGAGGAAGAGCUGAAAGGAGAAGCUGUGCCGGCCAAUGAGUGGCUGCCCCGUUUAGAGGUGACUCGUUUUGGGGCCUUGCUGGACAUGCCUUUGACCUCUGUUCGUCUCCACCGGGCCCCACGAAAACACUUCCAAAGGCCAGGUGGAAGAGGAGCCAAGAAACGCGUCACCGUGAUGUUUGGCACUGACCCUGGGCAGGUGAUGGUGGCUCAGGAGACGCCUCAGCAAGUCGCCGAGCGUCCGGCCCGUCGCUCCCCACACCUUUGGCGUGGCAUUUCGCUCUUUGUGGCUGGAAAAAGGAACAAGCUUAAGAAGGGCAACUUGCAAGGUUCGCAGCUUUACCUCCGCAAGGACAACCGCACCUUUGUGGUUCACACAAAGGACACCGAGCUUGCCGAGGCCGCCUCCAAGGACUUUGCCGAUUAUUUGGCGAUGUCAGAGGCUUUCCUUUUGAAGGCCAAGGCCAAUGGAAAGGAGCUAGAUCCUCGCUUCUUUUCCCAAGAGGAGCAGAAGGCUUUUGAUGAAGCGGACAAGAAGGAGUGGGAAGCUUGGGUGCGCAACCACGUGGUGGAGGAGAUCAGCCCGGAGCAGGCAAAGCGCAUCCCGCGAAGCCGUGUCUUUGCCAUCCCGGCCCGCUUGGUUCGAACGAACAAAGUGCAAGCGGGAGAAAAGGGGCUCACGGCGAAAAGCAGAAUCGUGCUGCCGGGGCACCUAGAUCCUGACAUGGGAACUAUCAGAACGGAUGCCCCCACCACGCAGAUGUCCGCUGUUCGCCUAGCCGUGGCUAUCGGGCUUAUGCACGGCUGGGAUUUCCUGCUCUUUGAUGUGAGCACUGCGUUCCUCAGCGGGAAGGCAGUAGAUCGGGAUCUGUAUGUGCGCCCGCCGCGAGACCUCAAGUGUGUGAAUGCGGCUGUCCUGUGGAAGAUCCUGAAGUCGGCGUACGGCUUGAGUGAGGCGCCGCGGCUCUGGUGCAUGCAAGCAAAAGAACUCCUGGGGCGAUGCAAUUUUGAGGAGGUUCCCUGGGCCCCAGCAACGUUUAUCAAGAAACGGGGAACUGGUGUGGUCGCGAUCUUAUGCUUGCAUGUAGACGACGGCUUCCUUGCAGCAAGAAAGGGCAGGGAGAUCCAGGAGGCUCGGGAGGAGAUCAACAAGUUGUUUUCCAUCAAGGAAUGGCAGGCUGUGAACCACGAGCCUAAGGCCUACCUCGGGAUGAAGAUAUAUAUUGUUGAUGGGAUCUUCUUCAAUGACAUGAAGGAUUAUGUCCUGGAGAUCCGGCCUCCUACUUGCGACCCAGGAGCCUCUGAGGAACGAGCCUUGGAACCCUCCGAGCUUCGAAAGUUUCGCCGCUUGGUGGCUCAACUUCGGUGGCCAGUACAUUUGGUGAUGCCCGAGUUCCUCUACUCAGUGAGUGCCCUGGCCCAGAGGGUUAGCAAGGCUCAGGUGAAAGACCUUCGUCAGGCCCGGGACACCUUGAAGGAAGUGCAGCAAGCCGCCACCCGAGGGCAAGCCAUCCUGAAGUUCGAGAAGCUGCAAAAGGACGCCAUCCUGGUGAGCUUCUUUGACGCUUCGCUGGGUAAGGCGGCAGACCACACCGCGCAACGAGGAGAAGUUCACUUCUUAGCCGACGCAAGCGUGCUCCGAGGCCAAGGCAGAGCAUGCAUCUUGGAGUUCCACUCGAACAAGAUUGCCCGAGUGGUCCGGUCCUCCCUGGCAGCCGAAGGAGCAAGCAUGGCAACGUGCACGGACAGGCUUGUGUACAACAUGAAGCUCUACGACGUGCUCAAGAACGGAAGCCUGGAAGUUUCCCCUACGUGGCGGCGUGAACUGGGAAGCAUUGGCCAUAUCGUCACCGAUGCGAGGAGCCUCUUCGACCACGUCAAGGGCUCAAGCAUGCUUGCCACGGAACGCCAGGUUUCCCUUGAUAUAUUGGAAGUGCGUCAACUUGUGCAGGAGGAAGUGCUGGACCUUCAUUGGGUCCCAACAUGGCGCCAGUACGCCGACGUUUUGACCAAGAGCAUGGCUGAUGAACUCUACGGGCACCUCCGCUGUAAAGGUCUUAUCAAUGUGAUACAGACCCCUGCUGAUCAACUUGAAGAGGAUCGGAGGGCAGCCCUACGUCGUGCGCAGCGCGAAAGGCGCAAGCUUCGCAUGAAAGAGCAACACAUUUUUUUGUCGAUGUGA